AUGAAGGAAAUAUUGCCACGAGAGCUCAGAGACAUGAUCUGGUCGUUCUGUUGGGCUGAGAGUCUCAACAAAUAUGAGGCCUGCGAUAAUGAGCGUCCCUGGAGAGCCCAUAGCGUGCAUGAGGAUACCGUCACCGGUGUGGAGUACGAAGAGUCCGAGUAUGAUAUUGAACCACACAGGCGCGCACAAGCUCUAGGGCAAUAUCCGAUCGGACACCUCGCAGACACGGAAUACAUGAGCCCAAAUUCAGCUCGCGAAUCUGCAGAGAUGUUUUACAGGAUGGCACCCGCCUUUAUUGAAACGCUCGAUCAACGCGCCCUACAGAAUUACUUCUGCAACGACAUCUUUGGCCUGGGCCUGGAACCUCGAAACUACGUCACCUCGGUUGUCUUCUUCCUCCACCAUUGCGAGUUCCGUGAAGAUAUCGAUUGGGGACGGCCCGGCCGAUGUCUCAGCUUCCUCAGGCUGCACAAAGAAAGCAAGCAUACCAUAUUUGGAUGCAGACGAGACAGAUUACCUGGUGUCGUCUUCCACACCUCUGGCAAUGCCACUACAGUUCAGAAGCUUCUUGAUAAGGCUAUCCAACUGUUUCACCAGCUCAACGAUAUCCGUGCAACAAUCACUAUUAAAUCGGAUUUGCACCGGACCAAGGACUUUCCGUGA